AUGAACAGAACCGGGCCAAAUUUUAUGGCCUAUCGGAUGGAUGAUCGCAGCUCUCCGCCGCCCGUCUUCGACGCGAUGGACGUCUGUGUGCCGGACAGUAUGUUGAGGCUGGAGGUGAGUGGGAAUUUCAAUGAGUGAUUUGCAAAAUGUAAAGCUCAGAUUUUGACAGAGUUUGUGACCGCUUUAGACCAAGAUUUUUUGAGAUAUAAUGCUAGACUUCUAGCUCGCGCUUUGUGGAAAAAAUAUAAUAUGAUUCUUUGAUCGAAAGUUUGCAAAAAUUCGAAAAUUUUUUGGAAUAAAAAAUGGCUUGAUUUCUUGUUCAAAAUGAUAUGUCUACACAAAAAAGAAUCAACAUUUUCCAAGCGGAAUUGACCAAGUUAUGGCUGAAAGACGGAUUUCUCUAACCGCUCUCCGCACCUUGCAUACUAUCUCUCUCUCAAAAAAGAUGGUUGAAUAUCUCGGCUGCUCUUGCAAAUCGCGACCUGAAGUCUUGGCCAUUUGAUUUGUGGCCAGGGUAAAACUCGUGAGCAAAACUUGAGCUAAAUCUGAGCAUCGUAGUAUGUGGGGCUUCCAGUAUAUGUACUGUAAUAUUAUUAGAUUUUUGAUGACAAUUGCAACUUUUUUGUCUGUUUCAGGGAUCCGAGCUGGAAAACAUCUUCUUCACUUCGGUUUUCCCUCCAUUAUGUGCUGUCGGAGUAAUUGGAAAUCUGCUGAAUCUCACGGUCCUUUUAAGCGGGGAAAUUCGAUCUCGACGAACGACAAAUCACAGGUAAAAAUUGGAAAAAAUAAUCGCUGCUUUUUGAAUUGAAAAAUUGGCGUGUGAAAGUAAAAUUUUUUUUCACAAAAGAAUCGAAUUUUUUCAAGAAAAAAGUAAGAGUUACUGAGAAAAAACACAUUUUUUGUCUGACCGGCUCUCCUCAUUUUACGUGCUCUCUCGAAAAAAGAUCACUUAAUAUCUCGGCUAUGCCUCCAAUGUAUGAGCUAAAACUUUCAGGAAUCGAAAUGUGAAAUAUUUAGAAGAGGUCAAGAGAAUUUCUAAAAAAAAAUUCAAAAAAAAAAUUUUUUUGAAAAAUUUCAAAAUUUUUUUUUUCCUAAAAUUUGCCUUAUUUUAGUUAUUCUAACUGAAUAUUCAAUUUUAUUGUUUUUGCAGAUCAAACGGGUUGCUGGUAGCGUUGGCACUGUGCGAUAUUCUCUUCCUCCUCCUCAUGAUCCCACAUUCCAUGGCAAAUUUCGAUCGUUUCGGGUUGAACCACACAUUCCGAUUAUUUUAUUUCCAAUCCAAAAUGCACUUGAUCUCAUUGGCGAACUGGUGCUCCGCUGUUACGAUAUGGUAAGUCAAAAAUUUUUUCUGCAAAAAAUCAAAAAUUUCAAUUUCCGAAAAAAAUUGAAAAUCUAUCGUAUAAGAUGUCGCCCAGCUUAAAAUCGUCAAAAUUCUUGAGUUUAUCGAUUUUGAAGUUUUUUAUUAAAAAAUCUCGAUUUUAAAAAAAUUUUUUAAAUCAUCGUAUAAAGUGUCACCUAUAAAAAAUGCUCAUUUUCUAGUUUUUUACUUUUUUAAAUUUGAUUUAAAACAAUUUUUUCGACCUAAUUUGAUAUUAUUUUAGGUUGGUGAUAGCCAUUUGUGCGGAGCGUUUACUCGGGAUCCGCUCUCUUCUCCGCGCCAAUUCUCAAUGGUCUCCCUGUACGACGGCCAGAUUAAUCAGCACAAUUGUGCUGGCAACGGGUGUUCUGACUUUCUAUAAUCACUUUUCCUACCACUGUGUGGUCAAAGAGCUGUGUAAUGGGACUCAGGUCAUCAGUAAAUGCUUCGAUAUUGUGCAGGAACAGUAAGGACUUUUUUCAACAUUUUUGAAAAAUAAUUUUUUGAGGUGUUUGGUAUAAAAUGGGCGUAUGAAAUUUGCAAAAAAUCAAAAAAAAAUCUUUCGGUGGCCACCAAAAAGAGCUAAAAUUUUAACGAAUUCUUCUGAGAUCUAUUCAAAAACAUUUUUUUCUUUUUUUUUUUUUUUGAUUUUUUUAGAAUUUUUUUAUUUUUUUUUCUAACUUUUUUUAAAUUUUUCCAAAAAAAUUGUUUUUAGCUGGCCCGGCAACCGAACCAAUCUAACGCCUCUGGCAUUACGCGCCUACGUCCAAUGGAGUAUCAUCGUGAACGUGGCAUUUGUCAUCAUCCUUCCAAUCAUCGUAAUGCUCGGCCUAAAUUGCGCCUUACUUGUGGUGGUUCGAAAGCAAUCGUUCCUGAUGUACAACCGCUUAAUGGUGGAACAGCACCACAAAGAUUCGGUGGUGACGCAUCCGCGCCACAAAAGCAGCUUGCCGAAUGUGGUGACGACGAAGAGGGAUAGCGAAGACAUGGGGUCGUACGUGACUUCGAUGCUGUUUCGCAGAAGCAUCGAUCAGACAGCGCAGUUUCACGCGGAACAUCGGGUCACGGUGACUGUUUGCGCUAUUGUGACGUGUUUUACCAUCACUCAGGUGAGCUUACAACAUCUAAAAACAUAAAUUUUCUUUUCAAAUUGUCAUGGAAAAUGUGUAAAUUUUGACGCUCGGAUUUUCUUUAAAUUCUGAACACAUCUAGGGCAUAGGUCACAUAUCAAUUCCUGAAAGUUUCAGCAACCGCUUUGAAACCACAACUGAGAUAUUCAACAAUUUUUGCGGCCGAGAGAGUGCUGGAGUGGAGAGUCAAAAACACUUUUUGGCUAUAACUUUACUAUUUUCACGCAGAAAAAAUUGGUUUUUUUUUGUGGAAACAUCACCAUCUACGGUAGAAAUAGGACGAAAACUCUUUAUGUAAAAAUUUGCAAAAAAAAAGAAUCACAUUUUUUCCAACUUUCGACCUAAAAUCUCGAUUUUUCUGCUGCCAGAAGCCUGUGUUCUAGAAGAAAUUGUUUUAUCAGUCUGUCGGGAAAAUAACGGCGGAUCGUCGCGCCUCGGAAUCGCCCAUCAUCGCUUUGCGACUGCAAGCCGCGGCUGGGGAUUUGGUGCGCGACAGCGGCGAGGCGAGACAUUUUGCUGCGACGAUCCGCCGUUAUUUUCCCGACAGACUGAUAAAUUGGUGUUUUUGUCGCUUUUUUUUGAGUAAGCAAAACUUCCUAAAGAGCGAUGAUUUCUUUUUUUUCAACAUUUUUUUUCAAAAAAAAAAAAAUAAAAAAAUUUUAAAAACCAUCGUAUAAAAUGUCACUCAUUUCAAAGGCAGAAAAAUUUCAAUAACCAAAUUAAUUCUCUCUGAUUUUCAGGGUCCCUCCGCCGUCAUAAUGUCGCUCUCAUUCCUCUCCGGCCAUCGUCCACCCUAUGUGAACUCCAAUAUCAUUUGGUAUAACAUCUCAACCAUCACCGGAUUUCUGGUGAUCAUCGGGAAAACCCUCAACUUCGUCUUGUUUUGCCUCAGUUCGGCCGCCUUCCGUCGCCGACUGCUGAACAUUCUGAACAAAAAAUUUGUGAUUUUAAGUCGUCGCUCCAGUCUUCAAGGGACCUCCACAACGACCGCGGGUCCGUCGCAAAACUCGUUGAAGAAAAAUGGGGCUCAACAGGGUUGUGGGACCCCACAACAGAACCCGGCGGAUCGACGGUUCUCGCUCGCAUUUUAG